AACCACUUGCGUUGAGUUUAUAAAAAGUAACAGUAAGAUUUUAGAUACACUUCUGCAAUUCGUUUUUCUUUGAGAGUGCAUUAUCUUGAAUCAAAAUAACUAUCUUUGCACUCUCGGUGACGCCCACUCCGUCCUGGACAUGCGCAGUGAGUCCGGAGCAGAGGCUAGAGAAGGAAUGAUGGCGUCUUCAGCUGCCCGGUACUCCUCACGCUGGAUUACAGUCAUCUUGUCCUCUGGACAUCGCAGGGCCGCGGGUGCCGUUGUCUGCGCUGGACAUGGAGGGGUCCGCAGUAUAUCUACCCUGGGAGCGGAACAACUGUGGCGGGGAGGGAACCUGAUGUAUGGAGGAGCAGGAAAAGCGUUGACAUUGAGAGGACUGUCAGGUAUCAAAUCGCCCCAUGCUGCCUGCACACUGUCCUUUCACACAAGUAGCCCUGCUAGCAGCCAGAAGGACCUCUACCAGAUUCUUGGCGUACCUCGCGCAGCAACCCAGAAAGAGAUCAAGAAAGCCUACUACCAGAUGGCUAAAAAGUAUCACCCUGACACCAACAAAGAAGACCCACAAGCCAAGGAGAAAUUUGCUCAGCUGGCUGAAGCUUACGAGGUCCUGAGUGAUGAAGGAAAGAGGAAGCAGUACGAUACGUACGGCUCAACAGGCUUUGACGCUGGUCAAGCUGGUGGAGGAGGGCAGCAGUACUGGUCUGGACAGGCCAACAGCGUGAACCCGGAGGAGCUCUUCCGCAAGAUCUUCGGGGAAUUCUCAGGAAGCCGUGGCUUUGGAGACUUCAAUGCCAUAUUUGAACAGCCACAGGAGUACUUCAUGGAGCUGACGUUCACUCAGGCAGCAAAGGGAGUCAACAAAGAGUUUUCGGUUAACAUAGAAGCAGCCUGCCAGCGCUGUGAUGGUAAGGGCCACGAGCCAGGCACCAAAGUCCAGCACUGCAACCACUGCAACGGCUCCGGCAUGGAGACGGUGAACACGGGCCCGUUUGUGAUGCGCUCCACAUGUCGUCGUUGUAGUGGCAAAGGCACAGUCAUUUCCAGCCCCUGUCACUCCUGUAAAGGGGCGGGACAGACCAGGCAGAGGAAGACUGUGAUGGUUCCUGUGCCUGCAGGAGUGGAAGAUGGUCAGACAGUCAGAAUGCCCGUUGGUAAGAAGGAGAUCUUCAUCACGUUUAGAGUCCAAAAAAGUCCUGUGUUCAGGAGAGAUGGUGCAGACGUCCACUCUGACCUUUUUGUCUCUGUGGCACAAGCUAUCCUGGGCGGCACGGCCAGGGCACAGGGCCUUUAUGAAACAGUCAACUUAGCAAUCCCUGCAGGCAUCCAGACAGACCAGAGGAUUCGUCUUUCAGGGAAGGGGAUCGCUCGUAUUAGUAGCUAUGGCUACGGAGACCAUUAUGUCCAUGUCAAAAUAAAAGUACCCAAGACACUGACGGACAGACAAAGAACUCUGCUAACGAGCUACGCUGAGGACGAGACGGAAGUGGAGGGGACGGUGAACGGUGUCACUAACACCACCACAGGUAAAAGGUCCUCCUGGAACUGAGAAGCUUCAUCGGUAGAUCAGAGGGCAGAAGGUGAGGACGGCAUAAAGCAAAGCACAGACACAUUGUAAAGGGACAGGUGAUCGAGGAGUGUUGUGUGUUUGAGGCCUACAAAGGUUCUGGACACAUCAGUACGGACCUACCUGCCCAGCUCUGCCGUGUAUAAAACGAGGAUCAUCUGCCGACGUAAUUCCACACACAAGAGGAUGUUCCCGUGUGCCAAUCACCUCUCCAGUCCGACGUCCAUUAAAGCUGCAAAGACUUAUCAUUUAUCAAAGCAUUUGGUGCGUGUUGGUUUUCUGUUGAUCUCCCUUAAAAACAUGAUAGUGAUAACAGAAUUCAUGUGCACAGAAAUAAAUGAUUUGUAUCGACAUGGACUACAGAUUCAAUCAAGUUUAUAUUUGGGGUUGAAGUUUUGUUAAUCUAUUGUUCUUCAAGCCUUGGUUGUGUUUUCAUAGAUGCUUGAAUUUCCCCACAAUUCACAGCACAUACUGAACAUUACCAGACAUGUGUUCUGGUGGUUUACCUUUUUUUUAUUUUAAGUUUUAGGAGAAGAGAUGUGCCUGCAUAGGAAAGUUAAAGUUUGGCUCCUGAGCUGUGAACACUAGUCACCAAACUCUGUCUCUCUUUUAACCCUUUUGCAUUUUGGAUAUAAUUCUGCACCUGAAUUACAUUUGUACAUAGUUGUGGAUCAUAGUUACAUACGUCUAAUAAAGCUACGGUCUGGGAAAA